AUGGCAGUGACAGAGGUCAAGGCUCACGGUGAAUCCUUAGUAAAGACAGCAAGGAGAGGCGGGAGUCAUGAAAUUUUAGUAGCUGAUCUCCCAGGACUGAUUGAAGGUGCACAUAGGAACAAGGGGAGGGGACACAAAUUUCUCAAACAUGUGGAAAGAACCAAACACCUCCUCUUAGUUGUUGAUAUUUCUGGGUUUCAGCUCUCUAGUAAGACUCAGUUCAGAACAGCCUUUGAAACUGUAUUGCUUUUAACUAAGGAAUUGGAGCUGUACAAUGAAGAACUUCUGACAAAGCCUGCACUUCUUGCCAUUAAUAAAAUGGAUUUGCCUUGUGCAAAUGAUAAUCUGAAUGAACUUAUGAAACAACUACAGAAUCCCGAAGACUUCUUACACUUACUAAAGGAAGAAGUGAUUCCUGAGAACACAAUUGAUUUCAGAGAUAUAAUUCCUAUCUCUACAUAUACUGGAGAAGGAAUUGAGGAACUGAAAGAAUGUGUAAGAAGAUCACUAGAUGAGGAAGCAGAGCAGGAGAAUGAAGAAUAUCGGAAAAAGAAACUAUUACUUUUACACACUUCAGGAGAACAAAUGAAUAAAGGCUAGCAUUCUUGCCUAGAUUUUAAUAUAUUUUUGUAUGUUCAUGAACUCAUUGCUAUACGGACUUUCCUUUUUAUUUUUGUUCCUUCUACCACACUGCCCAGUUCUCUACUGCAUUGCCUCAGUUCCUUUUGGUGCUUAGGUAGAGCACAAUGCUGAGCAGAGCAGGCUUUCAGGUUUAUGCUGGCUACUGACUGAACUAAACAGAGAACAAAGUGCAGCUCAAAGCAUUGCCUAACGAUUGAUAAACCCUGAAGUAUUGUUUGCCGGAUGAACAGAGGAAAUAAAACCUAUGGAGGUAGCAAAGAAGCAACUUGAGCACUUGUACCUUUUGUCAUGAAUCUCAGAGGCACCCGGGGAAAUCUCUGAUGGAGGAAUUUUCCAGGUUCCAUUGCUUCAGAGGUGAACUGGUACUGCUGCUCUGACAGAUGGUGGCUUUUGUUAUUUUUAAAGAUCUAAAGGCAAACAUAGAUAAGUAGUCACAAGAAAGCGACAUGUAGGAGCAUAGAAAAGCAAGGCUGAUGCCUGCUGGUUUGUUUUCCACACCUGCUGGUGCCUGCUGUACUUUUCUUCAUUAUGUAAACUCUGAUCCUAUAUUCCUAAACCUAAUUUGGCAGUUCUCCCUUUUAUGGAGGUGUGGUGGAGAAAAUGAGGGUUGCUUUUCAGCAGAGCCCCGUGUUUUGGGGAUUAGAUUUUACAAGCAGCACGUUUAAAAGGUAAAAUGUUAAAAUAAAAGUCGUUUGUUGUACAGGAUGUCCUUUAUUGAUUGCAAUUAAAAUAAGACGGAAUUCA